AGACGAUCACAGCCAAGACGUAUUGCUUUAAGAGUCAUCUAUCAUAACUGCCAGACCUGGGAUUUCGCUUAUCGAGAGAGAAAGACUAAGAAGGACCCGAACAAGAACCCGUAA